ACAGCUGCUAGGCAAGUGAGCUGUAUAAAGUUGAGUAGCGUCGCUGUCACUAUGAUGUAUCUCCUGCUCCUGACCCUGUGCGCCAGUGGUGUGUCGGCGGGCCCCGACUCGGACACUCAACUGGACGAGCAGUGGGGCCUGUGGAAGAGCUGGCACAGCAAAGAUUACCAUCCGAAAGAGGAAGGCUGGAGAAGGAUUGUGUGGGAGAAGAACUUGAAGAGGAUCGAGUUGCACAACCUGGAGCACUCCAUGGGCAAGCACAGCUACCGUCUGGGCAUGAACCAUUUUGGUGACAUGACUCAUGAGGAGUUCAGACAGGUGAUGAACGGCUACAAGCGCAGGUCCGACAGGACGGUCCGAGGAUCUCUGUUCAUGGAGCCGAAUUUCCUUCUGGUGCCCAAGGAGGUGGACUGGAGAGAGAAGGGCUACGUGACUCCCGUCAAAGACCAGGGCGAGUGUGGCUCGUGCUGGGCGUUCAGCACCACGGGGGCGCUGGAGGGUCAGCAGUUCAGGAAGACGGGCCGGCUGGUGUCCCUGAGCGAGCAGCAGCUGGUGGACUGCUCCCGGGCCGAGGGGAACCAGGGCUGCCACGGAGGCCUCAUGGACCAGGCCUUCCAGUACAUCAAGAACAACCGCGGCCUGGACUCUGAGGAGUCCUACCCCUACCUAGGCACGGAUGACCAGCCUUGCCACUACGACCCCGACUACAACUGUGCCAAUGACACGGGCUUCGUGGACAUCGGCAGUGGGAGGGAGCACGGCCUGAUGAAGGCGGUGGCCUCGGUGGGGCCCGUGUCCGUGGCCAUCGAUGCCAGCCACGAGUCCUUCCAGUUCUACCAGUCCGGGAUCUACUAUGAGAAGGCCUGCAGCAGUGAGGAGCUAGACCACGGCAUGCUGGUGGUGGGCUAUGGCUACGAGGACGGAGAGGACAGCAACAAGAAGUACUGGAUCGUCAAAAACAGCUGGGGUGUGAAGUGGGGCAUGAAAGGGUACAUCCACAUGGCCAAGGACCGGCAGAACCACUGCGGCAUCGCCACGGCAGCCAGCUACCCAAUGGUGUGAGCCCGCGGGGCCAUCGCUGCUUUGGCUCCAUUCUAACGUCCACAUGGACCAAGAGGAGAACCGCCUGAACCGUGCCAUGGCGCUCCGACCACUCCAGCGGUUUCAUUAUUAAAACACUUUUACAAGGAAUUAACGAUUUCUGUAUAAAACCUGCUUUUUACUUGUAUACUUUUAUGCAUACUUCAUAGUUAUAUAUUUAAAUUAUAGUGCGGCUUUAAAAUAAUCAAGCAUGUUGACUUCCUGUCUGAGUAUGUUUUGUAUUCUGUUGUAGCUUAGUGUGUCUGUUUAGUGUGUACCUUUUAGCUACAUGUACUGUAUGUGUUUCUGCCCAUUAAAGGUUUUAA